UCGAAGCUCCAGCUGCUGUUGGUUGGGCACGGGGCGGCAUAAACUCGAACGUCCCCGGUGAAGAGUGAUAAGGCGCAAAGGUGUCCUUGUCUGCUGCUGCUGGUCGAAAGCUGCUGUUGCCGCUGUACCUUCAGCCCCUUGAAAUGAGUCCGCCGGGUCUUUUGGUUUCUAUGGGCAACCUGCACAACAACAGCAGCAGCAGCAACAACAACAACAACAACAACAACAACAACAACAACAACAACAACAACAACAACAACAACAACAACAACAACAACAACAACAACAACAACAACAACAACAACAACAACAACAACAACAACAACAACAACAACAACAACAACAACAACAACAACAACAACAGUAUCAAAUGGUAGAAGAAAGGCGUUCGCUGAUG